UGGGAGCCUUCGGGGGCGUGGUCACCGAAGCGUCGCUAUCAUCCAGCCAUCAUGCUAGUUGAAGAAGUCCCGUUUAACUAGCUUUGCUAAUGAUAACUUGGGUUGUUUUUGUCUGAGUAUAGUGUAGUUUUUUCAGGAACAUCGAGGUCUAUAAUGGAAACCACGACUUGCGUGUGAAGAUCGUUGUUUUCUUUGCCAAGAGGACCUGGUAGGACAGCUAUCACGGUUAAAUAGCCCGUAAGCUAACGGCUAACUGUAACAUACUCACACUGCCUGUCAUCACCAGCACAACAGACGCCAAGCCAAGUCAGCAAGUCGGCGUUUCAACGUUAGACAUUUCUUGAAUUAUCAUGGAGAAGGCUGAUUUCUUGAAAGGACUUCCUGUCUACAAUAAGAGCAACUUCAGCAGGUUUCAUGCGGACUCUGUUUGUAAAGCAUCUAAUCGAAGACCCUCUGUGUAUCUUCCAACGCGUGAAUACCCCUCUGAACAGAUUAUUGUAACAGAGAAAACCAACAUCCUCCUGCGUUACCUCCAUCAGCAGUGGGACAAAAAGAAUGCGGCAAAGAAAAGGGAACAGGAGCAAGGUGAGGGUGACAGCCCAGCACCCCCGAGGAAGAUUGCCAGGACAGAUAGCCAAGAGAUGAAUGAGGACUCAUAAGAGAAUGUGUAUGUAUGUGUGUGAGAGGGUGAGUGUGUGUGUGUUUGCAUAUGCAGGGUAUAGUCAGGAAAAACAAAGGAUAAACCCACCCUAAUAAAGACUUCUGACCAUUCCAGGAUGACUUUCCUGGUAUGAAAGUAAGAGCCAUUCACAGAGAAUUAGGGUAAUUCCUGUCAACAAAGCAGCCAUUCAGGCUGUAAAGACUGGACGCAUGAAAAUUGUGUAUCCAGAAAAAAAAAAAAAAAUCCAAAAAAAAUCUCACUGUUAGUCACUGACACUGACUGAGCAGAGCCGUUGACAGAGAGGGAACUUUAUUCUGGUGUUUGUUUUAUUUAUGCUGGCUAUUCCCUGUGUGUGUCAGUAAACAUGUCUUCGGUUGUACGUAUUCUGAGCUGUGAGUGUUUAUCGUGUGUUGUACUUUACUGUAUGUGUGAGUUAAAUGAAUAGUGAAGAAAAAAUGUCAGCGUAGAUUUAAGACCAGAGAUGGGCUUGACAGAUAAAGUCAGACACUACACUUACAGUCUCAUAAAUGGUACAUGACAUGUGUAGCCUUCAUUCACCUGGAGAGACUGUCCAGAUUUGUGCAAAGAUAACAUUUUGUUACUGUUUUAAUUUUAUUCUAAAUAUUUUUGUUUAUGUAUGGCAAUGAGCUUCCUGCCAGCCACAGUGCCCACCCUCUCAGUUUCACUGCCCACUCUGCAACCACAUGGGGGCAUUGCGACAUUUCUCCACACUGUUUGAAUCAACAGAACCAAUGAUCCACUGUGAAGAACAGCACAAAGUAGAAGCAACUCCUCCCGAAUCCCUUAGAUGUGUAUUUGUGGUGAAUUUGCAUAUCUUCAUUCUAUUCUGGGAUUUGUGCUCAUAGGAUAAAUGUUGUGUUGGUGUUUCUUAGAAAUAUUUUUACACCUAGCACCACAUUUUGGCUUAUCAAGGUUAGGAAAAAUGGCAUUUUGUACGAGUUAAUGCUCUGCUUUCAUCAGAGGAUGUAAAAGAAAAAGAAGGAAAACGAUUGUCAGUUGCACACGAAGGUAAUGGGAUAGAUAAUGAGUUAAAUAAUGUCUGGGAAAACGAAAAAGAAUUCAUUAUGAUGGUGUAAAUAAUUGCCACUAACACAACACACAAACAUUAGUUUAUCAAAUGGAGUAUCUUUGUGUCUGCCUUUUUGUAAAAUGAUACACACGUAUAAUACAGGCGAUAGAAAGUUACCCUUGUGAAAGUAAAGCGCCCCUGUGCCCAGUGGAUGUUACCUUGCCUUGCAUGUUGAAUGCUGGGUCUCCUAUUCCUGGACCAGUAAUAAAACUUAAGGGCUGUUGGAGCUGUGAUGACAUCUUGUGUGAUUGUAGAAGCUAUUAGCCUAAAGGCCUUACAAAAUGUCAUCCUGCUGCAGACCUUUUUGCCCAGGAUAGCCGUACUGUUUGUCCCGUCUUUGUGACAGCCCUGUAAGGUUUUUGUCUGAGAGCUGGCACAGGUGAACGCGAGGGGGUUUGAAGAGGUGUUAUAUUUUCAGCCAUAGGAUGCACAAUAAGCAUGCACAGCAAAGUGCAGUCGCCAUCCUGCCUUGUUCCUGAGAUUCAGUUUGUAUUGGUGUCUUAUACUGUACAACACUGAAUAAAGCUUUUUUUUAAUGUUCUUAUCACUGCCCAGCAGAGUCCCAUCGAAGCCUCCUGUUCUUCCUGUCUUUUUUUUUUUGUUUUUUGUUUUUUUUUGUCAGUCGAUGCUGCAGUGUGGUUUGACAGUGUGGUCAGACAUCUCCCUGCCUACAGUGUAAAUACCAUCUGUUUCUGAAGCGUAAAACCACAUUAUGCUUCUGCUCAGAUAGACUGUUCUAGAGCACCCUAAGCCUUGCCCCUUCUCGUGUGUUAGGUCGUAUGUGUUCUUUUUAGCUUUGCUGGAAUAAAACUGGAUUUAAACCGG